AUGACUGAAAUAGCUCAAGCGGGAACUGAGAAUAGAGAUCUGAUAGUGAAAAGAAGCGAAAAUGAAGCAUUGACAGAUAAAAUCAGCAAACUUGACACUGAAACAGCUAAACAAGACGCUUUAAAUAAAGAAAUUGAAAAGAAUAUUGAACAAGCUGAAGGAAGGGUUAUGGCGCUAAACAAAGAAAUUGAAAAAUAUGACCCUAAAGUCGUAGAAAACGAAAUAAAUGAGCUAAUCCAGCAAGAAGUGUUUUAUAAAGAAAGAGAAAAAGAAACAAAAGACAAGCUCUCACAAUUGCAGACUGAAUUUGACAAAAUUCUUGACGAAGAAAAACAGAUCGAGCUGUCAUUAAUUGAAAGCUAUAAAAAAUAUGAAGAAAAAUCCACCCAAAUUGCAUCAGUAAAAAGCGAAAUAGCCCCAAAAGCCUUAAAAGCUAGCCAAUUGCAAACCAAACUUGAAGAAAUCGACGAAAAACUCCAAGAAAUAAACAGCCGAAUAUCCUUCAAGCAAGACGAAUACACCAAAACAGGCUUAAAUUUCCAAGAAAUGACUAAUCAAUUUAACCAAAAAACAAUCGAAAUAUCCAAGUGAAAAGAAAUAAAAGACCAGCUUGAAAAUAAAUUAGAGCAGCUUAAAGAGCUAGAAAGGCUAGAAAGCGAAGGGCAGCUUGCAAGAAAAGCUGACUCUGAACUGAAAGAAAGAGAAAUUGAGAGAAGAAAAGACAUGAUAAAUCAGCUGAGAUUUGAGUCUGAAAGAAAAGUUGAGCUGAAAAAGAGAGAAAUUGAUGAUACAACAAGAAGUGUAAGAAAAGAAGAGGAAGCGUCAAAAAUUUAUAGCUCCCCUAGGAAAAGAAGCAACUCGCCAGGGAGCAGAACUCCUAGGACUCCGAGGGCUGUGAAUUAUGAGGCGAAAAAAAGAGAGUUGGAAAUGAAAAUUGAGACUGCAAAAAAGACAAAAAGAGAAUAUGAAGAGAAAAAGAGGGAAUCUGAAAUAAUCCUGACUGAUGCAAUAAAGUCAGCAUCUGCAUCAAAAAGUAAAGGGAUAUUGAUUUGUGCAGUAGGAUUUGCGUUUGGAAUUAUAUUUUUCAGGCUAAUUUCUACAAUGAUUUCCUCACCAGCUAGAUAA